AUGGCCUCGUCAACGCCACCUCUCCGUCCCGAAACCGUUCUGGUAACAGGGUCAUCCGGCCAUCUCGGCCGGGCCCUGAUGCUCUCCCUUCCCUCAUACGGGUACACUCCAACCGGCCUUGACAUCAAGCCCAGCUCAACCACCACCUUCAUCGGGUCCUUCGGCGACGCCUCCCUGCUCCAAAACCUCUUCUCCCCCAGCUGGCUUCGCGCCCAACCGGAAAUUUCCUCUUCCCACCACCCCGAUCUCCAGCCCAUCUCGCACAUCAUCCACUGCGCAACGCUGCACAAGCCGCACAUCGAGUCCCACACCAAAGCGCAGUUUGUCCAGACAAACAUUGCCGACACGCUUACGCUACUUGAGGCAGCAGCUGCCACCACAACUACAACCGCAACUUCCGGCGACCCCGACGACACAAACUGUGAAAGAACAACCAUCAAAUCAUUCACCUACAUUUCCACCACCUCUACCUUUGGCCGUUCCCUCUCGCCCCUCCCCUUCUUUGUUCCAGGCGUCCCAAAACCCGCAGUCCACAUAACCGAACAAACGCCCUGCCUGCCCAAGAACAUCUACGGCCUAACCAAAUCCAGCGCCGAGGAUCUGUGCUACUUGAUCUCUUCUUCUUCUUCAUUACCCGUAAUCAUCCUCAAAACCUCCCGCUUCUUCCCCGAGGCCGAAGACGAUGCAGACAGAAGGAACAUGCUAGGAGACGAAAACCUCAAGCUCUGCGAAUUAGCUUAUCGCAGAGUGGACAUAGCCGACAUUGUCUCGGCUUGCGUGGCCUCUAUAAGAGCACAACAAACUACGUCUACGCGCGGGACCAGCAACAAGAGGAUAGGCCGCAACUUUGGGAAGUACAUCAUUAGUAGCCCUUCGCCCUUUUUGGACCUGCCGCAGGAGGAUUGGGUGAGGUUAAACACUUUGAGUCCUGCUGACGGAGCAGGCGCAGAGAAAGUGUUUGCCGAGAUAGCAGAACGACUUUGUCCUGGUAUUGGGGCGGUGAUGGAACAGAAAGGGUGGAAGUGGUUGGGCAGAGUGGAUAGGGUUUAUGAUUCGCGGUUGGCGAUGGAGGAAACUGGAAAUGGGGGACUGGGGUGGAAGCCGGAGUGGACUUUCCAGAGGGCGCUGGAGAGGAUUGUGAGGGGGGAGGAGUGGAGGAGUGGAUUAACAGGGGAGGUGGGGAAGUUGGGGUAUCAUGAUAGGGUUUGGGGGGUUUACACUACUGAGUGA